AUGCGGCGCUCAAUCAUUCGACUUGCCACUGCAACUGCUCCGUCUCGGGUACGUCUCUCAUCUGCGGCAGUGACGGAACCAAAAACAUCCAUGCAACCGAUGCAUGCGCAUGUUCGCUCUUCUCAUGCAUAUGAGGCCAGUGCUAAAGGCGCAGAAGUGGGCGCAAGAAAUGAAGCCGCUUUCAUGAAUUAUGAACUCGUCCGCAAGCUCGACCUCGGCGGGUUAUUUGCCAUUCCACAUUUUGUGAAUUUGUUGACCAUUACGCCGUUGUAUUGUGCAGCAUUGGCGGUGGGAUGUUGGACGUGGGGACUUUUCUAUUGGGAUUUGUAUUGCCGCAGCCAUUACGAAACGGUGCUUAUUGCAAGGCCUGAAGCAUUGAAGUGA